AUGAUUUUUGAUUUUCCUGACAAUCUAAAUUCUAGUCAAUAAAUCAUGCCUGAAAAACAAACUAAAGAUUGGUAUUCUGAAUUGAAGUUUUUACAUUAUUUUCCUAAAAAUAAAUGUUUUGGAAAAGAAGAGCAAGAAAUCACCAGAAAUAUUAAAAAUAUAGAAAUGCAUUAUAAAGUAUUUAUCAAAAAAUAAAAAGCAAAAAGUAACAGAAAUGGUGUCAUAAUUAUUAACAGAUGAAUAAGGCACAUUGAAUAUCAUCCCAAAAAAGGCAAAUAUUGAUUUAAAAAGAGCAAUCCAACCUAAAUUAGAUAAAUUAAAAAAAAAAACAGAAAGAGCAAUAGUAGAUGUGUUGAGUAUGUAUUUGAUAUUAUUUUAAGAUGAAAAAUUUUUUAAAAAAGAAGCUGAAUAAAAAGAAGAAGUUGUUGAAUCAUAAACUUAAGCUACAGCAGAAGUUAUAAAGAAUAUAGUUAAUGUUUAUGAUAAAGAAAUUGAAUUGGAUGAUGAAGACUAUGAUGAUGAUUAUGAAACAUUAUGAUUA